AUGGCGAACGACGAUUACAACUGGCUCGCGGGCUUUGAUCAACUCGAUAACUAUCUGCAGAGGUCUAUAGGCAAUGGAGCUUCUUCCGGUGAACCUACCCCUGCACACACGUCGCCGUACACAACACCUUCCGCGUUUCAAGCGCCCACAAACCAACCUCAUCCACCACCACCACCUACGCAAUAUGCACCGGCAGGGAUGAUUCCACCGGGCGCGCAAUUCCAGCACAAUAUCAACGACGGAUAUGUCACGGCGCACCACCACCCCGAACACUUUGCCGGCGAGAGCUCCGCGAGACCACAGAAUAGCUUCCAAUUCCCGCCCGCUGGUCCUGCGCAGAGUCACUACCAAUCGCCAGUGCACUAUCUCCCACGCUCUGCAGCUUUGCCAGCCUCAGCUCCUUCAUACCCCCCAGCCCAACGCUUUCCGACUCUCUCGGCUCCGGAACCAUCACCGCUACCGUCCUACAUUCCGCGACAGGGGGUCAUAGCAGCGGACAUGGAAGCGGCGCGCGCCGCAAAAAGGCUUUGCAUAUCCAAGUCGCGCUCUCACUUGGAUCCUGUGGGUCACUCGGCAUCUCGAGUUCCGCCCAAGACAGGAUUGUAUAAGACUAUGGAUUCGGUGAAUGGUGCCGCGGGGAGUUUGGUCAAACCAGUUGGCGGACCACCCGGCGGGCAACCCAGCCCCGGUGGAAAGUUCGUCGCAUAUUCUUAUGCUCCGCGCGAUCCCAAUAAUAAGCGCUUCCUCAAGGACCGCGUGGACAUGGCCAAACGUCUUACGACGAGCGAUGGGAUGAAAAAGACGACCUAUGAUCCUAAAACGAUCGCUAGGGAUGUCUUGAUUUCGGCGGGCCGUCACCCGAAGGAGGCUGCUCUGAAUCACCAUCUCUCCCGUUUGCGCGACGUGUUCACUCAUAUUGAUACGUCGUCCGAUCUGUCGACCUUCCGGUGGGAUUUGGUCGAUCCCGGCCCUGAUAAGACACGUGACCAGCACGCGUCCGCGCCCCGACCGGAGACUCCCGCGAUCCCGCCCCAGCUUCCCGCCGCGCAACCCACGCCGCCGUUGCCCACGGUCGAUGAUCGGGAACUCUCGACACACCAACCUCCCCAGCACGCUCAGCAACAAGAGAAUUCCCCACCCGUGCCUGUCUCGCAGUCACCACUGCCACCACCGAUACCACAACCCCACGUGCACUCCCCACCCCCACCCAAACCGCAACCUACGCCCCAACCCAAAUCCCAACCCAAGCCCCAAUCCAAACCCCAACCCAAACCCCAACCUAAGUCCCAGCCCGCGCCCCAGCCUGUUUCUCAGGCACCUACACCUGCACCUCCGCAGCCGUGCCCGAAGCCCGAGGUGCGCCUCCCGACGCCGAUCGUGGAGAUGGGGAGACCACCGGGCAAAAGACCAGUCGGACGACCGCCGGGGCGGCCGGCCGGCAGCACCAAGGUCCCGAUGGUGGUGCCACCACCUCUACCGGUAUCGUACCAGGUGUACGCGUGUCGAUGGCAGAACUGUCAAGCCGAAUUACACAACCUGGAGAUGCUGCGAAAACACAUUCUGAAGCUCCACGUGCCCUAUUCGAUCAGCUGCGCGUGGAAGGGGUGCAAGUUCAAGGGACAUCUGCCGGCGUGGCAGCUGUUCGAACACAUCAAGACGGCGCACCUGGACUCCAUCGCCUGGAAGCAAGGUGAUGGGCCGUCGGUGAAUGGACCUGGUGAGAAAGCGCCUUGA